AUGCAUGAGAUGGGGGUCAUGACAUACCGGAAAGACACAGCUGCAUACCAGGCCAUCCUCGGGUCUUGGGCAGGGAGCAUUAUGCUCCGUAUGCUAAUCGACCAUGAGAUUGAGAUUGGACGAGGACGACAAAUUCGAAGCGUCUCCAUGGUAGUAGGAGAGAACCUGAAGUAUCAGAUCGGAAAUAUUCUGCCUUUCCAUCAAGCAUUUUCACUCUUUAUCGUGAUCGGUAAUUGUAAGACCGAAAUCAUAGUAUACGAAGGUGGAUAA